AUGGAUUCUACAGAUGGUAAAAACAUAGGAUUUGUUAAAAGACAGGAAUUGAUUAGUGAAAGUAAGGAAAUAGAAAUGAUUGGUCAUCUUCACGGUGACAUUUUUAACCAAGAUAAAUUUUUAAUUAAUGGUGUUGAAAUGAGUGUUAAAUUGGUUCGAUCAAGAGAGAGUUUUAAUUUAAUUGUUGGGUCAAACGAUGUAAAGUUUAAAGUUUGCAUUACGGACGCAACUCUUAUUGUUCGACGAGCACGAAUUAAUCCAAGUGUAUUACUCGCACAUCAAAAAGUUUUAGCUUCUACCACUGCUAAAUAUCCUAUUACUCGAGCUGAAGUAAAAGUUUUAACAAUUCCUUCGGGUCUUCAAGGAAAAACUCUUGAUAAUAUAUUUUUAGGACAGGUACCGAAAAGAUGUAUAAUUGGAUUUGUGAACAAUUCUGCAUUUAAUGGUUCCCUUACUAAAAAUCCAUUUAACUUUGAAAACUAUGGUAUUAAUUCUUUCAGCUUAUAUAUUGAUGGUCAACAAAUACCUUCAAAAGCUUUGCAACCAUCUUUUAAUAAUAGCAUAUUUACAUCAGCAUAUCAUACUCUAUUCUCGGGAACUGGUAUUCACUUUCUUAAUGAAGGAAAUGGAAUCUCUUGUGAACAGUAUGGCAAAGGUUACUGUCUAUUAGCAUUUGACUUAACUCCUGAUUUAUCAGCUAACUCAUCAACUCAUUGGAAUCUCAUAAAGCAUGGUAGUGUAAGAAUAGAAGUACGAUUUGAAUCCUCAUUAAUACAAACAAUUAACUGUAUAGUUUAUGCUGAGUUUGAUAAUAUUAUUGAGAUAGAUAAAAACAGAAAUGUUACUGUAGACUAUAGUAGUUAA